ACGACAGCGGAAUGUAUCAAAUGAAAUCUCUGUCGCCAGGGAAACGCAUCUGAUUUGAGGAGGCCUACAACACGUUUUAUUUAAACACUUUAUUUCUUUUUUAAUUGUUAUUGCACCCUAUAUUAAUGCUUAAACGUGACCAAAUUAAUUUUAAUGCAUUGCUAAAAAUUACGGAUCAUACCCCCCGCCUUAGUUGGUAUAAUCCGAGCAUGUUUGGCACGGAAGGAUCUGCAUGUUUAGUUUCCGGUUUGCAUUUCGAGGGUUGUUCCGUGACCUGUACCAAUCUUUCAAUUCAACAGUGAUUAAGAUUCGAGCCAGAACAAGGCACUUGUUUAUUCCAUCUGCUACGCAUUGAAAUAGUUUUUUAAAAGAAUUGAUUUGUCCAGAGCUGCUGAAGGAAACAGGCUUACCUUGGUGAAACACUCAAACAUGAACACUGUCACCAUUAAAGAGGAGGUCCCUGAAGUGGACAUUGCCACCAUUAAAGAGGAGGUCCCUGAAGUGGACAUUGCCACCAUUAAAGAGGAGGUCCCUGAAUUGGACGUUGUCCAUGUUAAUGAGAAUCUUCCUGAAAUGGACACUGUCAGCAUUAAUCAGGAGGUCUGUGAUCUGGACAUUGUAACCAUUAAAGAGGAGGUCCCUGAAGUGGACAUUGACCACAUAAAUGACACGCUCCCUGAACUGGGCACUGUCUACAUUAAAGAGGAGGUCCCUGAAAAUGACACUGUCCACACCGAUAGGCCUACCAUUCCAGAUUCAGUAUCUGUUAACCAUUCAGAAGCCACAAGCAGCUUGCAAGGUUCACACCAGUGUACAACUUGCGGAAAAAGUUUCAGUCAGAUAGGACUCCUUAAAUCACACCAGAAAAUCCAUACAAUCACUUACAAGAGGAAACUACAUCCCUGCAAAGAAUGUGGGAAGAGAUUCAGUACUUUAAGACUGCUUAAACAACACCUGCGAAUUCACACUGAAAAGAAACAGUAUACUUGUACCGAAUGUAAAAAGAGUUUUAGGCAUUUACAUGGAUUGAAAAAACACCAGAGAAUCCAUACAGGAGAGACCCCAUAUCUCUGCACUGAAUGUGGGAAGUGUUUCAGGCAGUUGGGAAGCCUUCAAUACCACCAGCGUACUCACACAGGAGAGAGACCAUAUCAUUGCACUGAAUGUGACAAGAGUUUCAUUAAGUCAGGAAACCUUAAAGACCACAUGCGCAUUCACACUGGAGAGAAACCAUAUCCUUGUACACAAUGUGAGAGGAGUUUCAGGCAAUUAGGAGCUCUUAAAAAACACUUGCGAAUUCACGCAGGAGUGAAACAGUUUAUUUGUAGUGAAUGUUGCAAAAGUUUUGUUCUGUUAGAUAACCUAAAAAAACACCAGAAAAUUCACACAGGAAAGAAACCAUAUCCUUGUGCACAAUGUGGGAAGAAUUUCAGUGAAUUAGGAGGCCUUAAAAAACACCAGCAAAUUCACACAGGAGAAAAGCCGUAUGCCUGUACAGAAUGUGGGAACAGUUUCAGGCAAUUAGUAAACCUUAAAUACCACCAGCUAAUUCACACCGGAGAAAAGCCGUAUCCUUGUACAGAAUGUGGAAAGAGUUUCAGGCAAAUAGGAGCUCUUAAGAAACACCAGCAGAUUCACAUGGGAGAGAAGCCACAUUAUUGUACUGAGUGUUGUAAAAGUUUCAAGGAUAUAGAAAGCCUUCAAUAUCACCAGCAAUGCCACACAGGGGAGAAACAGUUUCAGUGUACUGAAUGUGGAAAGAAGUUCCUUCAAUUAGGAAAUCUGAAAAGACACCAGCAAAUUCACACAAGAGACCAGCCAUAUAUCUGUACAACAUGUGGGGUUAGUUUCUGUUCAUUUAUAACCCUUCAGAAACACCAGCAAACUCACACAGAGGAGAAUCAAUACGACUGUUCUGAAUGUAGACAGAGUUUCUCUUCAUUAAAAAACCUUCAAAAACACCAGCAAGAUCACACAGGACUUAAACCGUAUAAUUGUGUAGAAUGUGGGAAGAGUUUUUCUCAAAUAGGAAACUUCAAAAAACACAUGCAAACUCACACUGAACAGAAUCCAUGUUACUGCAAAGAUUGUGGAAUGCGUUUUACUCGGUUAGGAAGCCUAAGACGACACCAACAAGUUCACAUAAAGAAUCCAUUUCGCUGUAUAGAGUGUGGGAAGUGUUUCAGCAAUAUAGAGCAUCUUAAAGGACACUCGCAAAAUCACUCGAGAGAAACCCUCUGGAGGUGCUGAAUAUGGAAGAGCUUUCAUGCAUGGAAACCAUGGCACUGUACAGAGUGCACAAGGACUUGAUGACCUGAAGGCAACAACAGAACAGUGCUCAAUUGCAGCAUGUCCUGCAUGGAUUGGAAUUGUGCACAACUUGCUAUUCCAUCAUCUCUUCAACUAGUGCUUUCAUUUUGGACUUGGACUUGAUGAGUGUGCAAUUUAUAACAGUUAAGCUGUUACUGUAUGCUAUGAGUUUGGACUUCAGUGCAUGGUUCAAGAUUUAUGUUUUUAAUUGUACUAUGUAAAUAUAUUAAUCAAAAUAAAGGAGGUGUAAACUGCAUUUUGACUUUCUGCUAGAUUGAUCAUCUACUGUGGGAGUGUUCGGAGGAUUGUAGUAAGUGCAAGUUUAACUGAUAUGUUAUGAAAAAAUGAUUAGCUCUGGCCAAAGGUUUGGCAUCACCCUAUAGAAUGAACUCAUUUGGCUUCAUAAAGUCGAAUGAAACCUGCUGAAUAAUGUUACGUUUUUAACAUGUUGAAUUACAUACCGCUCUAGUUUUCUAUAUACUUAGCAGAAAGCGGGCAAAAAUUGUAAAAUGUGACAUUUCAAAAUCUAACAUGAAAUACUGUACUACUAGUAUGGCUUCCAGUAGACUUUUGCGAUAUAAUUUUGUAGUUUCUUUGAUUUAAAUGAUAAUAAAUAAAAGAUCCAAAUGAUGUUUUAUAUAUGUUUUUUUUUGUUUCUAAUUGUCUCAAUCCUAAAAUUCUAGGUGAUGCAAAACCUUUGGCAUUAGCUGUACAGAGCAAAUUGAAUUGCACAACAGCUAGGAUUCAUGGAGUUAUUUCAAUGUUCAUUUCUAAAUUUGUCUUCCCUUCCUGGGAACCCAGAGCUACUUGUUUCGGGCCACUGCGUGGCACACCAGGGAAGACUUGUGACAUCAUUGCAGCCAGCCAAAAGCUUGUUUUAAAAUAUUGCUUACUGUAGCAAUUUAAAAUAGUUUUUGCAUACAGUAUUCAAGAUUGAGAUCUUUAUUCCUGUAAAGUUUUAUCAGAAACGUUUUGUUACUUUGUUUAUUAUGUUUAAACUUUGUAAAAGCUCUUCUUCAAUAUAUUUCUUUUAGUAUUCAAAUUUUUUUUUCAAAUCUAUUUCUGUUUAUUCAUGCUAAAUUAUAAUUAUAUUUUUUCUAAAAA